ACCGGCGGAAAUUGCAUGGUUUCUACUUCCGGGUGGAUCACAUUAAAGCGCAGCUCUCAUGAUGGCGGCAGCUAUGGAUGUAGACACACCGAGCGGCACCAACAGCGGCGCCAGCAAGAAGCGCUUCGAAGUGAAGAAGUGGAAUGCUGUGGCGCUGUGGGCUUGGGACAUCGUGGUGGAUAACUGCGCGAUCUGUCGGAACCACAUCAUGGAUCUCUGUAUCGAGUGCCAGGCCAACCAGGCUUCUGCCACCUCUGAGGAGUGCACUGUGGCCUGGGGUGUCUGCAAUCACGCCUUCCAUUUCCACUGUAUUUCUCGCUGGCUGAAAACCAGGCAGGUUUGCCCUCUGGACAACAGGGAGUGGGAGUUUCAGAAAUAUGGACACUAGCAGUAUUAUUGCUAAAAGCUUUAUUUGCUUCAGUUACCAUCGUUCAGCCUGAAUCCUCAUUUCUUUUCUCUGAUCCCGCCCACUUUUAACCCUCACAAUGUUGUAAGUUCAAAAUAAACGUAAAUGUUUUCACGAUA